GUCAGGCUUAUGUUAAAUGCCAUAUGUAUCAAGAUGCUUGCGAAUUGUGCACGUCUAUUUCUGAGCAAUAUGAACAAAGAAGCGGAAAAAAAGAAAUCACUUCAUUUCCCAGCAUGCUCCGGUGUAGGGCAUGCCUGUGAUGUCACAAUAAGUAUAUAUACGGCUACAGGGAAGAAUUUCUUCCUCCAUUGUUACAUUGUAACAAACGGGGCCGGGGAGAAACCGCAACGGGGAGAAAGGAUUCUUCUCGUUCCAACAUUUGCAACAUUUUGACACGAAUCUUAAGAAAGGGGGGGUGGAACAAAAGCAGCCACAUUCCGCGUUAAUGCGAGACAACAGCGAAAUAAGCACCGCCGACUGAACCCGCCCCGGUGAGAAAAAGGAUAAACGAACACAGAUGUCAGCGGAUUUCUCCAUCGCAAGCAAUUUUUUUUCGUUAUCAGGAAGAUAACGACAUUAGGCUCCCGUUACAUUAUUCAUGUUGCAUCGGAAAAUGUUGGGAAGUAAAACGCAGCUGAUCAUAUGACGUUCCCUCUUUCUGCAGUCUGUCCUUUUAAAUAGAAAGGCAUGCAACAUUUAAAUAAAACAUGCAGGUCUAACACACAGCUCCUGCUUUCUUUCUUCGCGAGACACCAGUGUGCAGAACAAUGAGCAUGGAGCCGAACUAUAGCCUCAUAUAGUCCGAUUUAAGUGUUGUAAAUUGACAGUCACGCAAGCUUUCGGACAGAUUACUUUAGGUUACCGUUGCACCAUCGGUUGCAGUCUGGAUACUCGGGUUUGACACACAAAAAAAGCAACUCAUAGGGCGUUGGAAGAUUGAUGUGCAGCUAACAUUGAAAAGGGACACGACCUCCGAGUUGGUUGGAAUAAGGGUCUCUGUUUCUGCCCCAGACACCACGUUUCCAUGGAGGCAGGUUCGUCCCUCAGCCUCAAACGAAGAUAUGAAGAGGUGGACAACAGCUCUCCAUUCUCCACACCUAAAGACUCAGAUGAUGACAUUUCCAGCAGUGACAGCGCUGAUAGCUGUGACAGCCUCAACCCCCCUUCCAGCACUGCAUUUACCCCCACCUCCAUCCUCAGACAGCACAAGCCGUCAUCGGGGGGAAAGCGAGUACGUUUUGAUGUGGUGACGGUGUAUUACUUCCCCCGGCGGCAAGGAUUCACCAGCGUGCCCAGCCAAGGGGGCAGCUCUCUGGGCAUGGCCCGUCACCACUCCUCCAUCAGGCACUACACGCUGGGCGAGUUUGCCCGCGAACAGGAAACAAGCCACCGGCACACGUUACGCCAGCACUUGCGCCAAGAGAAGCUCAACGCCCGCAAGAUGAAGCUGACGAGGAACGGCACGGUGGAGUGCGCUCAGGCAGACCUGCUGACUCUGGAGGACGUUUCGGAUGAGGACCUUGACGUGGACGAGGUGGAGGUGGACGACUGCUUCUUCCUUCAGCCGCUGCCCACAAAGCGCCGCCGAGCCCUCCUGCGAGCAUCUGGCAUCGCCCGCAUCGAUGCCCGGGAGAAAGCUGAGCUCCGAACCAUCCGCCUGUCGCGGGAGGAAUGCGGCUGCGACUGCCGCUUGUACUGCGACCCUCGACACUGUGGCUGCAGCCAGGCUGGCAUCAAGUGCCAGGUGGAUCGAAUGUCAUUCCCAUGUGGCUGCUCUCGGGACGGCUGCGGCAACGGAGCGGGCCGCAUCGAGUUCAACCCUCUACGUGUCAGAACUCACUACCUGCACACCAUCAUGAAGCUGGACCUGGAGAAAAGGAGGAUGCUGAUACAAGGGACUGGGGACCAGUAUGCUGAAUCUGACCAGAUGUCCUCCCCCUCCUCCACUUGCCCCACUUCUCCGGACCUAUCCUCCGUCGCUGGCCUGGAAUCUGAGCUGGAAGAGAGCGAGGUGCAGACAGUGGUGGAGGUUCAGGAUCUGCUGGCAGAGCAGGACAUUCUGGAGCGAGAAAACGAGACGGCUGUGUUGCACCUGCAGAGCGCGGAGGAGCAGGAGAGGAGGGAGAGGGAGGAGGCCGAGGGGGAGACGGUGCACCAGGAGCUGGGUGCUGGAGGUCUCGCGGAGCAGCCCCUCUGCCUCCUGCCUGUUGCUUUGGGAGGGGAGCAGGCAGAGGUGCCGGGUGUGGAGCAGGACCUCCUGCAGGGGCCGUUCCCCACGGGGGCCACUGUCCUCUGCAUCACUGACAACCAGGAGGAGAGCCCUUCUGACCUCAUCAAAGACUCCACUUCUCUGCUCUACUAUCAGCUCAGUCCCAUAGAGCCUGGAGCCUUUGAGACCCUGCCCAGAGCAGAGGACGCUCAACAAGAUUCAGGAGGAGAAGAAAAGAAACAAGGAGGAAGAGAGGAGGAGUCAAAGGAUGAUAAGCCUGAAGAGAUCAAAUGCAGGCAGCGUUUAGGCAAGUCUUUGGCCAAUGUGAUCCUGUGCUCGGAGGAAGUAGUGGAGAGGCCCUCGGGUCCCCAGCAGAGCCUCCCUGAAGUGCAGUGCCAACGGGAGUUGUGCUUGGAGGGAGAAGUACAUCCACUGCCUCCUGAAGUUUAGUUUUAGCUUCUCUGCAGAUAUUUUGCACAAUAGCUUCAUCCAAGAUGAAAAAAAAAAAAAAUACAUGUUUCACAUUUAUUACUGCUAUCAUCAAAAAUUAUUACAGGUUGCAAUCUCUUGUAGUGACUGUCAUUGAAUUACGUGGAGUAUUACAAUACAUGAGGGUAGGGGGAUGCUGAAAGCACAUAUAGAUCACUCCCUUGAAGUAAUAUGGAUGCAGUACAACAAUGUACGUAAUUCUGUUGGGGGUGAUGAAUGCGGCCUUAAUGGAAAAAAAACAUGAAAACACUUGUGUGUAGGAGUCAUUUUUCAAUGAGAAAGUACAGCAAGUAGGGCUUUGUUAAUUUCCAAUGUAGCGAACAGAAAAACACAACGUAUGAAUGCUGACAUAAGCCUUUUGUUUGAUGAUGUAUAACACUAUCAACACUAAACACAAACCUUUUUUGCAGCGGGCAAAAACCUGGUAACUUCAGGGCUCGACAUUAAGGGUUGCCAGGUUGUCAUUGGCAACCAUUUUGAGAAAUUUGCAACCUUAACCUGUAAAAAUAGGGACAACAAACAGCAAAACGCGCACCCACGAAUACAUAUUUUUUAUUAAUAUUUGUUGAAUUAGUGAUAUUCAAUUAUUUAUGUUAGUCAGAACCAGACAACGCCGCACGUACGUUGGUGUGUUUACUAGCAUGUGCACAGUUAUCUCUUUUAGAGACAAUGUUGAUGGACUGUGGAAAGUUUGACUAAUCCAUCUACAUCACAAAUGAGUGUGCAAAUUGAUUAAACUGAUAAAGAACCAGAUGGACCUGAAAAAUCAAUUUAGCGAAGUAUCUCAGCAUCCUGGAGCUGGACCAAGAAAUAUACUGCAAAGCAUGUACAACACCUCGAUACCUGACACCUCAAGUCCACUAACUCAAAGCAAUCCGAGCAGGCAGCUCCAAAACAUAUUGCAUCGUAUCUUAUACUCCAAAUAUAAAAAUGGCAACCAUAUUUCCAGUUUCAGUAACCAGAAGCUGAUGCCUGGUUGCCAGCCUGGCAACCACUUUUAAAGUUAGUGUUGAGCCCUGUAAUUUAGACACCCACUGGCUCACUUUCCAUUGCGGCAAACACGUGCCAUCAAGCCAAAUGAAGGCCUCUGAUAGUGCCAUCUGUUGAAAAUAGACCUAACAAUCCUGGAAAUACUUGUUUUUGUGUACUGUAUGUGUGUUUGCAAUGUGCAAGACAGAGCCGAGGUUGCUGCUUUAAAAAAAUUAAAUAAGAGGUUAAGGAAUGAAGUCAAAUUCAUAAGUGAAUAGCAUUUAAAGAGUAAAAGAAAGUAGUUAUACAAAAUUAUGUGAUGUUACUAAUUUAUGAAACAGAUUGAAAACAACCUGAAUUUGUAUAUUUUAUGUUUAAUCUGUACAAUAUGUGUGUACUUUACAUUAGUGUGUCUAAGUGAGAGAAAAAGUUGAGUAUGCAUCUGUGUGUGCAUGUACACGUGUAUGUACUGUAUUAUGAAAAGGGGGAGGGGGAGUAUAUUAGUGAGGAUACAUAUUUUAUUCCUGAAAGGUGCUGAUGUUACAGAUUUACAAUUCACUGUUGUGUUUUCUCUCCCCACCCUCAUGAGGAAAUAGGAUUUCAUGAAGAACGCUAGAAGUAGUGUUGGAGAGCCUCUUGUAGGAACGCAAAAGCUACUGCACUGCAAAUCAUUAAUGUGGCCAUUCUGGAACGAGGUGUGUGUAAAUGCAACAUUUCCUGUCUUUUUUAAAAAGAAAUGUCUGAUUAAUACUGAUCUGCGUAAGUUUGCUGACUCUUCUCACACAAAGUCAGUCUUUUGUUUGGUUGCCUGAAAUUACAGCUGUUCCUUUUUGGCGACUCCUCGGCGAACACAGGACGGGGCUGCCGUGUACGAGAUGUCUAAUGUAUUUCUUUGCCUUUUCUUUUAUAUUGUCCUAAUAUAAAUCUGCUUACGAGUUGCACCAAAGCAGUGGUUUCAAACCUCAUUAGAUGAUGCUCUCAAGCAUCACAUUUAACAAAGCAGUCUCCUGUAGUUAUUGUGAGGGUUUAGAUUUAUUGUGGGCCUUUUGUGUGUUCUCGUGACUUGCCUCGUGCCAUCUUUUAAAAUGGUGAUUAUUGAAAGCUGCCUAUUGUUGAGCUUUUGUCCUCUGCGUUCAAUUGAUAGACUUAGGUUUGGGACCACUGCAUCAAAUUAACUCCAGUACACUAUGUGAUUGUGUGCUUCUCUGUGUGAAAGGGGUGCGAUUGUUGAAAAGAAUAAUACGUUUAGACUUCAUCUAAAAGUUAUGAGAACUACUCUCAUGCUAAUUGUUGCCUAA